AUGGACCUCUGCUUGGUGCCUAUGAUGCUGCCGCUGCUGCUGCUGCUGCUGCUGCUUCAGGGGUCGCCCAGCUCGGCCGGACGGAACCGAUGCCUGGACGCGGCCGAGGCUUGCACGGCGGAUGCGCGGUGCCAGCGGCUGCGCACCGAGUACGUGGCUCAGUGCCUGGGUCGGGCCGCGCCCGGGGGCUGUCCUCGCGCCCGCUGCCGCCGCGCCCUGCGCCGCUUCUUCUCCCGCGGGCCGCCCGCGCUCACCCACGCGCUGCUCUUUUGCCCGUGCGCCAACGCCCCGUGCGCCGAGCGCCGGCGCCAGACCUUCGUGCCCGCCUGUGCCUUCUCGGGGCCCGGCCCGGCGCCGCCCUCCUGCCUCGCACCCUUAGACGCCUGCGAGCACAGCCGGAUCUGCAGGCCCCGCCUCCUGGCCUUCCAGGCCUCCUGCGCGCCCGCCCCCAGCGCCCCCGACGGCUGCCUGCUGGACCAGGCCCCUCGCUGCCUGCGCGCCUACGCCGGCCUCGUGGGCACCGCCGUCACCCCCAACUACGUGGACAACGCGAGCGCGCGCGUGGCGCCCUGGUGCGACUGCGGAGCCAGCGGAAACCGGCGUGAGGAGUGCGAAGCCUUCCGGGGCCUCUUCACCAGGAACCGCUGCUUGGAUGAUGCCAUACAGGCCUUUGACAGUGGGUGGCCUCUAGUCCUGCGCGACCAGCUAGAUGUCCAUCAGGACCCCGAGCACCCUCUCCUGCAAGUGUCCUCUGCAGUUGGGCUCCUGGUUGGGAGCUCCCUGCUCUCCAUGCUUCCUGUCUUGGCUCUCCAGCCCCUGCUUUGACUAGGACAGCUGACCUUGGUCAAUAUCACUGUCCCAUUCUGCCUGGGGUACAGGGCCCCUUCUGUACCCUACUGCCUCACUGAAAGUGAACUGGCUUGCCUCCCAACCUGGACCCAGUGCUUUUGCACUGCUACUCUUUUUUACACCCUGUGUGCCUGUCCCCUAAAGUGAGGGAGGUGGGCUGAGGGUCUGAUGCAAAGCUCUUGGUUUCCCUUUUAGUGGGUUUCUUGGUUUUAGGUCCCUCUCUCCACUGACCUUGGAAUAGUGGGGUUGUCCCACAGGGUAGGGAUGGGAGGGGGUCACCUGUGUUCCUGAAGCCUCACUGGGGCCCCAGAUCACCUAGAAGUCAUAAAGCAUCCAAAUUCCCAGAAUUCUAAGGGAUUUUAUCAGCCUCCCCAAAUAGAACAUGCCUUAAGGAGUACAUCUGAACAGGCUUAUAGGCAGAACUUUUAACACUUCAGCCUUUCAUGGCACCCUCUCAAGGAGGCACCACCUGUUAUGAUAGCCACAUGUGCCCUAUGACUAAUGUUGGUAAAGUUCUUCCCAUACAUGAUAUGCUGCUCGGUGGGCACCAUCUAGAAUGAGAAUCCAGUCCCCUGCAUUGCACUGGUCACAUGACCACC